AAUAAAACUGAACUUCUUUUUCCCCUUACGAAGGUCUAAUGGGUUAACAACAUUGUGUCAACACGUUGUUGCAUUUUGUUAUCAAUUUACUACACGCGUUUCUUUUCACUGUUUAUUAGUCGCAAGUAAAAAAGUGUUUUUUUUAUAAAAUUUAUUAAGUAAAUAAAUUGUGGAAAAAUGUCUACAUCGCUACAAGAACAAUUACAGCGUCUGGCUGUGCCACAGACCAUGGCCCUGGCCGAUUCGCGUUCGAAAGCUUCUGUGCUCUUCGAUCGCAAAGAGGCCGGUACCAAAACAAGACGCAUCAUAUUUGAGAUCGGUCUGGCUGGUUUACAGGAAUUAACAGCAAUAAAUCCCAUCUUUCAAUCAUUCGAGGCUACGUUAUUCAAUGAAUCUACUAUGGAUUUAGAACGUUCGGUGGAAGAGAAAGAUGUAAAUAAACUAUUGGAUCGCAAUAUCAAUAAAUUCCUGGAGCAUCUUUCACCUUACUUCCUUUUACGUCCGACACUUAUGUGUUUAGAGUGGUUAAUACGUCGCUUCCACAUACAAGAAUAUAAUCGCAAUGCUCUACUCGCAUUGGCUUUGCCAUAUCAUGAAACUGGUCCAUUCAUUUUAGUAUUGCAGGUGAUCCGUAUCAAACAAUCAGAUACAGAAUGGAGUUGGUUAAAACCUCUUCAGAGAUCGGGUGUCAGCGUACCCAAAACUGCAAUAAUUAAUCGUGCCGCUACUGAUGCUGCAUUCCUCAAAUUUAUCUGUCAAUCGACGUUGGAUGCCGUAAAGGAGUUGGGCACUCGUGCCAACUCGCUGCAGACGCAAUUGAAUUUUUAUGCUUCUGUAGUAGUUGGUGCUUUAGAACAUACAUCUGUUGUCGCGGAAUGGCAUAUAAUUACUAUUUUGCCUUCAUUACUGAAAGGUUUACAAUCGGAGGUGCUAGAUUUUGCUUCCGCUGCUUACAUCGUAGCCACACAGUUGGUGGCACGCACCCAGGUGACAUCAAAAUUGUGUAAUGCUCUAGUUGAGCGUGCAGCUGCAGUGACACAUGAGCGUUUACGCCAAACAGCAGUUUUAUUCCUUAUCUUCUUAUUUGACAGUCAAAAACGCGCUAAGCCGCAUUUUACUGAAGCAACGUUACUGAAUUUGGCAACACAAAAUUGGCUCACUGCGAACUUAGCCAAUCUGGCUAAAGAGAAUGUGUAUUUACAUGCACUGUAUGUGGCAUUGCUACAGCAAGCAAUUAGUGUCAUACAAGCAGGUCAUCAAGAAGCAGAUAUAUUAAAGGAAUUUUUGGAACGUCUAUUGUAUGAUGUGCAAAUAAAUGAUGAUUCUUCGAAGGAGAUAAUAAGCGCUUUUCUUAAUUCAUACAAUGAGUUACCACAAUCCUCACCGAAAAAAGGUUUGCAAGACGGUGAUAUGAUUGAACUGAGUUCGGAUGAGGAAAUGGAGGAUGAAAGUAGCAGUUUUAGGGCAUGGUAUUCAGAUUAUUUGCGAAAAUUGGAAAGAAAAUAUCCCGUCGCCUUCGAUCUGACCAUAAAGGACGGCCUUAGCUCAAACUCUCAAGAAUUUGCAAGCAAUCGUGGUGUACUAAAAAUGGCCUUAGGCUUUCGCUUAAAGACAUUUGAUCCAAGCGCUACAGAUAUCUACGAGCAGCUUUACCAUCAUACCGCCAAAAUACGUGCCUUCGCCGUACAGACUUUAUUAGCCAAUUUAAAUGAUUACAGCGCACGUCCACAAAAUAUGCAUUUACUGCGUGAAUGCCUUGCGGAUCGCAUAUCAGACGAUAGUGAAUUGGUCGUCAAAGAGAUUUUAAAACUGCCCACAAGAGAGUUUGUGCAAGUAUUGGGCGCUGAUAAAGUAGCUGCGGCUUUGAUUGGCAUCUUAAACAAAAUUCAACAAGAUUCCCAACAAUGGGCACCACUCACCGCUCUUACAGUACGUCACUUGACGAGUACAGAAAUUUUGGCAAAUUAUGAUACAAAUAUAAUAUUGUUGGCCUUAAUGCCACUGCUAUUUCCGGAUAAUAAUAGCGAAUUCAUAUACAAUGCUAUUGCGGAAAUACUCAAAAGUCCAUUAAAUGCCAAAAUUGGUUUCCUAAAGGAGCUAAAGCUGGUGAGGCAGAGUGCAGAUUUCAAUGCUGUUGAAUUUAAGCAACAAUUCUUUGCCGUCACCUCAGAAUCGAACGCUACACCAAGCGGUUUAAGUCUAUUCCGCAGCGUUGAGUCGCAUGGAGAAGGCUUAUUAAAGAGUGCAUUAAAUUUCUCACACCUCCUACUAUUGGCCACAGCAUGUUUGAAAACUGAAUUAACCGGUGCUGAAGCUGGUUACAUAUUUGCACAAAUACGCACCAAUUAUCGCCGCUUCCGUAUACGUCACUUGGAGAGCAAGGAGCUGAUGGUGAAAGAGCAGUGUAUACCAUUGCAACUCUUCUCCGAUUUCAUCAUUACCUUAGCGCAGCAUACACAUUUUGAGCAUCUCUUCGAAUGGGAGCAAAUACACGAUGACUUACGCACAUUUCUCAGUAUUUUUAAUUUGCUUUCAGAGGAGGGCUUUGGUCUGUGCAACACCGAUCAACAAAUUGAAUGGUUAAAUACGCUGAAAGAAGUCUUCGAUGGUACCUUCGGUAAUGCACAGUUAAAAUUGGAGUUUCUCAGCAACUUUUAUGUCUACGAGAGCAAUGAAGCCGUUGGCAUUGAGUAUCCGCUGUUACGCUUGCGCGCCUUUAAGCUAAUGAAUGCUUUGCUGAAAAAUAAAAAUAAUAAAUUGCAAUUCAACACCUCACAUGUGUUUCGUUUAGCAAGCGCUUUGAAUGCGCCAUCGGAAACCACACGCCUGCAAGCGCUCGAAACGCUCAAAGUGCUAAAGGAAAACACAGCGCUCAGUGCGCAUUUAACGCACUUUGUGGAUAGUAUCUUGGCGCGCAGCUAUGAGUUUAGCAUGGAUCACGAACAAUUUCCACUCAUUUUGUAUACGAUAUUGAAACCGAGUAAUAAAAAACAACAACCACACAGCCUUAAAGUGCUGCGUGAAAUUGUGCAACUAGUUACGGCGCCAGAAGCGCUGCAACAUGCUGGCUUCACUGCGCAGAUACUGAGGACACUGAAACACAUUAGUGGUGCCAGUUUAUUGGGCGAUUUGAUACCGUUGGGCGCAUGUGCUUUGGAGAAAACGCAAAACGAGGACGGUUUACUGAUCCUGCCACAACCCUACAGCACAAUUUUGCAAUUAAUUUGCGAUCGUUUCGAGAGUCAAACGAUUGAAAAUGUUUUGCUAGAUCAACCUGCUGCUUGGCAAUUUGUUGAGAAAAUAUUCGCCGCACACAAGGUCUUCAUACAGCAUGGCAGUAAACUGCGUUCGGUACCAUGUGUUUUACUCGAAGCACUCGACGAGUACUGUUACGAGAAAAUGCCACAAAAUUACAAGAACAAUUUAAUCAAAUUGAUUGUUGCAACAAUAGCCGCAUCCGAUACUGACGCAGUCUUUCUCAGCGCCAAUAAGCUGUUGAAGCGUUGCAGCAUUAAGUGUGCGCCAUUCGUCGAGCUACUAGCGCAAAUGUAUCGUAUUGACGCGGCCACAGCGGCCGCCGUCAGCGCCAAGCGUAAGUCGUUGGCCUCUCCAACAACAACCGCUGGUGGUGCUGGCAAACGCGAUGCGAAGUCGCAAAAUAAUCUAGCAGCACAGGUGACUACUGUUGCCUGGAAGCAAGGUGUGGCACUACUCGAAUUGCUGGAACAUAGAAAACGUCUAGACGAGACCGAACAACUGUUGGCGCCUUUAUUUGAAUUGUUGCGCUUCUGCUUGGAGUUGGAAGAGCAAACCGUGGCCGAGUAUACAAAGCAGUUGACGCUCACCACACUGCUGCACUGCUGUCAGCUCGCACAGAGCGCUGGCAUACAACUAACGCAAGUGCUGCCAAAGUCCACCUUCCGCAUUGAUUUGAUUGUGCAAUGCGUGCGCGGCACACAAAAUCCACAAACGCAGAACAACGCCUUGCUACUGCUGUCCCACUGCGCUGCGAUUUACCCGCAACAAGUGCUGCAUAGCGUUGUUGACGUUUUCACCUUUAUGGGCUCGUCGGUGGUGCGUCACGAUGACGCCUUUAGCUUUCACAUCAUCAGCAAUGUCAUCGAAUCGAUUGUACCCAUACUUGUGCGUUCGCAAUAUGCGGUGAAGGGCGGAGAUAGCAACCCCACUGAGUUGGUCAUACCGGUGCUGAAAGUGUUCUCCGACAUACUGUUGGAUGUGCCGGAGCAUCGACGUUUACCACUCUAUAGUAAAUUGUUGCUGACCCUUGGUGCGGAGCGUUAUUUAGCCAUUUUCUUAUGUAUUGUCUUCGAAGCGCAUGUGUUGGAAGAUGAGAAGCAACGUCUUCUACAACGUAAAAACAAAAAUGAUAAACGCAACAGCACAGCGGCAGCCACGGAGAAGUUUUCGAAGCGUUUUGAAAUUUGUUUAGAACUUACCAAUACUUUCGAGCCACAAACUACAUUGCAGACUUGCAUUGAGCUGCUAAAUUACAUUAAAUCACUGCCGGUCGACAAGCAAGACGAUGCGGCUGGUAAAGGUAAAGUGAAGAAGUCACAAGCAGCAGCAGCAGAUUUAACGGAAGUGUGCCUCUUCGAUGUCAAGUGUCGUACUGCAAAGCAGUUGCGUCAUUACAAAUACACCAUUAUGCAAUUUCUAUCGAGCUUUUCAAAUUCACCUGAGUUUCUACGGAAAAUUGCACUUCUCAGCGAUGCCGAACAGUUGGCUAUUAAACCAUUCUAUCAGAAUUUCAUUAUAAAAACGCUCUCCUAUGUACCAUUGGUAAAUACGGCGAUUGAAAAUACUGAAGAAGCAUCACAAAUUAAAUACUGGAAAGUCAUACUACACCACUUACACGAUGUGUUGGAUAAUGCAAUCUCACUGCUCUCGCCCGACAUGUUCCUCGUCGUCAUACAUGGUCUCAUGCGGCACCAACUCGUUUCCAUACGAAAGAAAGUCAUUGAAUUGCUCAUCAAUAAACUCCAGCAACGCGACAAUUACUUUGAUAAUUGCGAUCCACAAAAUUUCUACAAUCUUCUGCGGCCAUUGAGUGAAAUCACAGCCGACAUACUCGCAAAACACGAGAUACCGGCCACGCCAGGCACUGCAUCACCGUUGUCUAACUCUACUAAUGAGUGGGUUUUCCUACAGCAAACAGCGCUCAUCGCCAUUAAGCUCUUGUCGAAAAUGUUUGCCCUUCAACAUAUCGACGAAUUCAAGGAGAUACUCGCACAUCUCAUCAAGGUAUUGAAACAACGUUCGAAAAUCUCAAAAAUUGUACUGGCCACAGUUGUGUUGACCAUUAUAGAGAUCUCUUCGAAUUUGAAGGCGCAUUCAUUGGCGCUGCUGCCGAAAUAUAUGCCGCAUAUGAUUGAGAUACUGCAGGAUCAAGCGAAGUUGGUGCAGGCGCAACCACCGGAUAAUGUCUGCAUUGCGAUCAUAACAGGCACCCAAAAACUCUUCGAAUCCCUUCCACUGUUUCUCGGUCCUUAUGUGGUCGAUGUCAUAACUGCGUUAAGUACAAUUUCCGCCAACAUAAGUGCUCAACAAAUUGAACGAGAUCAACGCGCCACCACCGCUCUACAUCGCAUCACUACCAUCUGGUUGAAAAUAGCCAGCGACGUGCCGGUGCGCAUACUUGUACCGAGCUGUGAGAAGGCCUAUCACAAGCUAAUGGCUGCCAACAACUACGCCGACAUCGGUGUGCUGAUGCAGCUGCUGCCCGAAUGCAUUAAUAAAACCGCCAGUGCCGAAUUGAGUGCGGUACAAAGUGAAUUGGGCACAUUCUUUUUGCAUGCUUUAGAGUUUCGCCUGCAGGUGCGUGGCAAUUGUGAACAUGAACGUGUGGCCAGCACGGAAAAAGUCAUUAUUGAUGCAGUCGUUACGUGGGUGUUGAAAUUAUCGGAAAGUAGUUUCCGUCCAUAUUACGAAAAGGUCUACGAGUGGGCCAUUAAACAGCGGGCGCAACGUGAAACCAUAUACACCUUCUUUUCGCUCACCAACAAAAUCGCCGAUGCGCUUAAAUCGCUGUUCUUAUUGUUUGCACGUGACGUCAUUGAUGAUGCGGCGACUUUCCUCAAUGAAUACAAUACAACGAAACAAAAUAUUGAUGCCGAUGUCGAGUCACUUACUGCUGAUAUAGUGAAAUCCAUUCUAACCACACUCUACGUACUCUUCCUGCACGACAGUAAGGGUUUCAUGAACAGCCAACGUUUUGAGGUGCUUAUGCAGCCGUUGGUCGAUCAGUUGGAGAAUCGUUUGGUGUUGGAGAGUGAGGAGUUGCAGCAAGCUCUGCAAACUUGUCUCGCUCAACUUGCGGCAGCCGUCUCCAAUGAUAUCAUGUGGAAGCAGUUGAACUAUCAGGUGCUCAUGAAGACGCGCACAAAUGUGCCUGAGGUGCGCAUAUUGUCCUUCAACUGCUGCCUGGAGAUUGCACGAAAAUUGGGUGAAGAUUUUACACCUCUGCUGCCGGAAACUGUACCUUUUGUGGCCGAAUUAUUGGAGGAUGAGAAUCAACGUGUGGAAAAGAAUACACGCAAAGCCGUACAGGAGCUAGAGAAUAUACUUGGGGAAUCGUUGCAGAGUUACUUAUAAGUGUGGACUUAAUUCAGUUUGAUGGAUAACCAAAGUUCGGCAUAAGUAAUUACAAGAAGCGUAAAUAAUAAAAAUUUUUAUUCAAAUAA